UGACUGUAUUUCAGAAAACAUCAGAAAUAAUAGACAUGGACUGCUUAAACGUAGCCAAGAUUUUACCCAAUUCCCCACGGAAGAUACGAGGACAGAUUCAGGUUAUUUUCGGACCGAUGUUCUCAGGAAAAAGCACUGAACUGAUGCGGCGCGUGCGGAGGUUCCAGGUGGCUCAGUAUUCCUGUCUGGUCAUCAAAUACGCCAAAGACACGCGCUACUCUCAGACCGGGAUGGCCACACAUGACAUGAGCACGAUGGAGGCCGUUCCUGCCAGUCGUCUGCGGGACGUCCGGACUCUGGCGCUGCAGGCGUGUGUCAUCGGCAUCGACGAGGGACAGUUUUUUCCAGACACAGUUGAGUUCUGUGAGGAAAUGGCCAACAUGGGAAAAACCAUCGUAGUAGCAGCUCUUGAUGGAACCUUCCAGAGAAAGGCCUUCGGUAAUAUCCUGAAUCUGGUGCCUCUAGCGGAGAGCGUGGUCAAGCUGAAUGCCGUCUGCAUGCAGUGCUUCAAAGAAGCCGCUUACACCAAAAGACUCGGAGCUGAACAAGAGGUGGAGGUGAUCGGCGGCGCUGAGAAGUAUCACGCAGUGUGCCGAGAGUGUUACGGAGGUCUCGUGGCGUGUAAAGAGAACUGCGAUCCGCAGAGAGAGGAGACGCCGCUGCAUGUGACGUCAGGAAAACCGGCCAAUCAAAGCGCUCCACGAAAACACUUCACUUCCCUUCAUUUAUGAGAAUAACACCUCAGCCGUACUGUAUUACAGGAGCACUGUUACUACACAGAUGUAACUCACUAGAGGGAGAAUUUAGCACUUGAUUUGUAUGUUUGCUUGGUUUUUUUUAAUGCCUGAUUUCCUGUAUAUAAUAACUUUACCUCCUAGUUUAAAGCGGGUCCUAGUUUAAAAUAUGGUGUUUUUGUAUUUUUAGUUUAACCCCUUAAGAGCCA